AUGACAGGGAUAUUUGGCCUUCAGCCCGCCGUUACUGCUGCUGCUGCUGCUGCUGCUAGCAGCAGCAGCAGCAGCAAUAGCAGCAGUAAUGACAAGAAAGCAAGUAUGAUAUUUGGAUCACCUUUUCAGUUCUCACCCCAACCGCAGCAGCAACAGCAGCAACAGCAACAGCAGCAAAAGCAACAGCAGCAGCAGCAGCAGCAGCAGCAGCAGCAGAAACAGAAGGAAAAGCAGCAGCAGGGACAACCCAGCCAGCUUCUUUCUAGCGUUGGCUCUCCUAAGAAGCCUGCUGCUAGUUUCAGGGGCAGGUAUGCCUUUCCAAAGCAUCGGCAGCGGCAGCAGCAGAUGCUGCAGCAGCAGGAGCUGCAGCAGCAAGACGCGCAGCAGCAAGACGAGGUGGCGUGCUGCUGCGUUGCCGGGUCAGAAACAGCAGAAGAAGAUCCAGAGUUGCAUAUGUUCGAGCUGCUGCAGCAAAGGAGCAGCAGCACGAGGGGGCACAGCAGCUCUACGGUGCUCAUUGGCUGCUACCUGCUUCAGCAACAGCGGCAGCAGCAGCAGCGGCAGCAGCAGCAGGAUCUGCAGGAGGUAGGCCUCUUUGAGGUGUACGUACCUGGAUACGACGUAGAAGCAGAAGGGAAGUUUAACUACAUCUGCUGCAGCAGCAACGGCAAGGCAUUGGCGCUUUGCUGCUCUAACGCCUGCUGUGUUGCUGCGGUGCCUUCACUGCAGCAACAGCAGCAGGUGCAGCAGCAGCAAAAGCAGCAGAAGCAGCUGGGGCUGCCGCUUCCCGCAGAACCCAGCCGCAGCAGCAAUUGCUGCAGGACCAACGGAAAACUCCUUCUUGUGAACACCAGCAUGGAACUGCAGCAGCAGCAACAGCAGCAGCAGCAGCAGCAGCAGCAACAACAGAAGCAGCCGCAGCAGCGUGCAUUCGUUCAAGUUUCUUUUCACCCUUUCUCUGAUUGGGCUGUUGUAGUUCUUACCCAUGAGACGAUCUCAAGAGAAGCAGCAGCAGCAACAGCAAUAGCAGCAGCAAAUGAAACCAACCGGCAUGCAGUGCUGCGGCUCUUUGACAUUUGCUGCAGCACGGAGAUGCCCGAGCAGGAAAUUUUGCUACCAGCAGCAGCAAACGGUGCUGCUGCUGCUGCUGCUGCCUCUGCUGCUGGCCUGUCUUCUUUGGCUUCUUCUUUUCACUUUGGAGCAGCAGCAGAAAGAAUACAUCUCUGGUCUGCUGUCGCUCUCUUUGUCUCAUACCCACCCAGCAGCAGCAGCAGCAGCAACAACAGCUGUCUCUGUCUCUCUCCCUUCCUCCCAGCUCGAGCGCAGCUGCCGCCUGCCCUCGCGUUGCAGCUGCAUGACGCUGCGCUGCGGCAGGAGCUGCUGCAUCCGACGCAGGGAAGCACCAGCAGCAGCAACAGCAGCAACAGCAGCAGCAACAGCAGCAGCAGCAACAGCAGCAGCAGCAGCAGCAGCGCAGCUGCUGCUAAGCAGGGGGAUGGCUGCUGCACAGAUGCACCACAGCAGCACGAGGUUUCCUUGUGGCUGAGCGAGUGGGCUAGAAACAGCAGCAGUAGCAGCAGCAGCAACAACAGCAGCAGCAACAACAGUAGCAGCAACAACAACAGCAGCAAUAGUAGCAGCAGCAGCAAUCUACAGCCAGAGCCGCAGCGGUUUUUGCUGCCGCCUCCACCACGGGCUGCUGCACCGGAUAUACAGCAGCAGGCAGAGGUCCUGAUAAGUACUUCACCGCUACUGCUGCUGCUGCGCUGCAUCAACAGCGGCAGCAGCAGCAGCAGCAGCAGCAUCUUGCAUGCGGAAUGCCUCGCGACCGCAGACACCGUGCAGCCACGCCUGCAGAGGCGAGUCUCGCUUCAGCAGCAGCUGCAGCAGCAGCAGCAGCUGCUGCUGCAGUGCGUAUCUUUCGUUUCUCUUGCUGUUACAGAACGGCUGCUCGUUAGCAGCAGCAAAUCGUUGGAGCUGCGCUCUUUCCCUGCUCCCCCUGGCAGCAGCAGCAGCAGCAGCUGCUGCUGCUUCUACUCCUGCGCCCUCAUCUGCUGCAGCACAGGUGCCUUCUGCGUGGAUAUACGUGGUCUCGUCUCCUCUGUGCAGCAGCAGCAACAGCAGCAGCAACAACAGCAACAGCAGCAGCAGCAGCAGCAGAAAGGAAACAGGGUCUGCAUUACAUUGGCGCCUCUCCCCCUCGGAGACACCUCAAGAUUUUUGCCUCAACUCUUCGGUAAUUUCUCUGUGCCGCGGCUGUUGGUUGGUGUUACUUCUGCAGCAGCAGCAAUAGCAGCAGCAGCAGCAACACCAGCAACAGCAACAAUAACAACACCUGCAGUAACAGCCGCAGCAGCGGCAAAAAGAGCACACAAUGAUCCUGUACUGUUCGUGCUGGAUUUAGAUGCUGCUGUUGCAGCUGACCCCUCAUUGUCUAUUAACAGCAGCAGCAGCAGCAGCAAUGGACAGCAGCAACAGCAGCAGCAGCAACAGCAACCGCAGUUGUGCAUGCAGGCUGCUGCUGCUGUCAACGCAGCGUACGAGGAGCAGAAGAAGGGGCUGAUGGAGGUUCGGCAGCAACGUGUAGCAGCGGCGAAAGCAGCAGCAGCGGCAGCAGCAGCAACAGCGUCAAGCAGCAGCAACAACCGACGGGCGCGUCGAGCAGCAGCAGCAGCAGCAGCAGAGGUUGCUGUUGCCGCUGUGAAGUGGAUAGACACAGCAGAGUCGACGUUGCUCAAGGAGGAGAGGCAGCAAUUGGUUCUGCUGCAGCAAACUAUCCCCCGGCUGCUGCAGCGCAGAGCUGCUUCGCUGCAGCAGCAGCUGCUGCUGCAGGCAGACGAAGCAGAGCGCAUGCAGCAACAGCAGCAGCAACAGCAGCAAAAGCUGGAGAAACUCGAAAAACAAUCGGCAAAUAUUUCUUCACUGGUACGACUGACAGCAGCAGUUACCGCUCAGGUUCUUGCAAUACAGAAGCGGGAGCAGCAGCUGCAGCAGCAGAUUUGCUGCCUCGCUGCUUCUCAAGGCGUGCAGCAGCGCGAGGAGCCCCUCAGCAGCGGAGAAAAGAAGAGCUGCAGCGAUAGCGAGGCGAACAGCAGCAGCAGCAUUAGCAGCAGCAGCAGCAUUGCUGGUUAG